AUGCGGCGUUCAGCAGGCCAUCCACGACUAGAAGAGGAUUUGGUUAGAGAUGACCUGAAAAAAUGGGACUUGAAGCAGCUGUUUAGCCUUCAGGAAGCUCUCACAAGAGAGAUCGGGGAACGUGUUAACAAUCUGGAGGAACAUGUCAAGAGUUUAGGCGAAAUACAGUUUUUGAUGGCCAACGGAAAGAGGGAGGAGAGUCAAGGUAAUGUGGAACUUGGUAGGAGUUUUCCAUAUGCGAGAAAGCGCGAAAAUGUCGAGAAAAUAGCGUGCCAAGAGGAUUCGGGAUCUCAAUCUUUGGAGGAUCAAUUGCCUUUAACCCAGAGAGAGAAGAAGCAGAAAGUAAGUUCUUCUGUAAAAAGCAGAAACUCUCCUUUACGAGCGAAUUUGGCUGCCGCUAUCGACGAAUAUUCGAUUCCAGGAACUUUAGACAUGCAGAGCAAGGAGAUAGAUUUCAGCUCUCCACUGAAGCCUGCUAGCGCACAUGCAGCAAACUGUCAGAAAUCAAGCCCUAUAAAACACCAUCUGGCCGUGAUCAGCGACUCAGAGGGCGAACUGGACUGGUCCGAUACGGAAGAACGGGAACCUGUUAACCCAAGUUCAAUUCAAGUUAAACGUGAGCCGCAGGAGCUCUUCAAUGUGGUGCAUAAUGAACGUAUGGAAUUUCAAAGAAAGUUAAGUCUCAACGAAAAUCCCUUUACCAAGAAACCGUGGAUUUUUGAAGACUUCAAAGCCAAUGAACUUUUGGCAAUUUCUAACAAAACUACACCUUACGCUGCCUUUUCUAAGAUCUCCAAAUUUCAGUCUGCAGCUGGGGCUCCGGUUUUAAAUAAAAAGCUAGUCUUACAUCCAGACAGAGGAUUUGAACUUGUUACCGAAAAUGUCCCGACACCGACAGGCCAUGCAAGCGAGAACGGUGUGGAGGCUGAGUUUGAUAAUAUGAGGCAAAGGUCAAGGUCUCCGCCUGGUUUUGGCCGUUUGGAUUUUCCCAAUACUCAAGAAAAUAACAACGACGUCAUGAAAUCCAGGGAAAUUCUAUACAACAAGACGAAGGAUCGAUUUUUGAUCGCUACAAGGUCGGACAUAAGUCCCAACAAACGAGAAUUCGUCUUCAGAAACGGCAAGCUCAACGAUAUAAUCAACGAAGGACACUUUGAGUGGGAUGCGAAGUCUCUAAAGAUUUUUUCUCGAGCCAGGGUACGAAGCUGA